CUCUCUGCCCCUCCCCUGAGGGAUGGCACUGUCCAAGAGAGAGCUGGAUGGCCUGAAGCCACGGGUCGAGCAGACGGUGAGGGAGGUGCUGGGAUUCUCGGAGUCCACGGUAGUCACAGCAGCACUGAAUUGCAUGGUGAGGGGGUUGGACCAGAAGAGGGCAGAGACCCAGUUGGAGCCUCUCCUUGACGACUCCACCUGGCAGUUCGUGGACAAGCUCUUCGAGGUGGUGGAGGAGAGCCGGUGCUCCCAACGCUCCAGACCCGGCGGUGGUGGGAGCUGGAAAAGGGAUCUGAGGGAGGCAUCAGGCGAGGAGGGAGAGAACACGCAGGGAUCCUCGAGCGUCAAGAGGCAGCGGCCCUCACAGUUUGAGGGGGUGGCGGAGGCGGAGGGGGUUCCACGUCCUGUGGAUGAGAAUCCCGGUCUUCUGACCAAGCGACAGAUCAGCGAGAUGAUGGAGGCAGUGACCCAGCAGAUCAAGGAGAGGAAAAGACAACUGGGAUUCAACAGCCCCCCACCUCCACUGUCCCAGACUCCAUCCUCGUCUCAGCCAGAGAGGUCUCCCACGGGCAAAGAGAUCCAUCUACUACAGGAUGCCACUGCCUUUGGGAACAAGGCUGGGAAGGCGCUGAAGGUGGCUGAACUGCAGGCCCGCAUCCAGGCACAGCUGGAGUUGAGGCCCGGCCUCCUGAGUGGCGUCAACACGGUGGGCCCGGCCAGCGCCUACAUCGCGGGCACUGCCUCCCCCCUCCAGGGGGGCACCCCAUCGCACCGGAAGGUGAAGCUGAAACCGGCGCCCCUCAUCCUGGACGAGCAGGGCCACGCGGUAGAUGCUGCCGGCAAGAAGAUUGGGCUGGCCCCCCGGGAGCCCACGCUUAAGGCCAACAUCCGGGCUGUGGAACGGGAGCAGCUAAAGAAGAGGCUGAAAGAGAAGUCCUCGGAGGCCAUGGAGACCGCCACCUUCUAUGACCCCCGGGUCUCUGUCGUCCCCGCCCAGCGCCAGAAACGCGCUUUCCAGUUCCACGAGAAGGGCAAAUUCGAGAAGAUGGCCCAGAGGCUCCGUACUAAAGCACAGCUGGAGAAACUGCAGGUGGAGAUCUUGCAGGCGGCCAGGAAGGCCGGCCUCUGCCCGAUCAAGCCGGCUUCCGGUGCUCCCAAGUGGGAUGGCGAGGAUGGAGAGAUCCCCGAGGUUGAGUGGUGGGAUUCCUACAUCAUCCCCCAUGGAUUUGACUUGUCCAGAGGGUGCCCCCAGACAGAGCAAUACUGCGGCAUCAGCGCUCUCGUGGAACAUCCUGCCAAGCUCACCCCACCACUGGACACCACCACCCCGGUGACCCUGCCCGUCUACCUGACCAAGAGAGAACAGAAGAAGUUACGGCGACAGGCCCGGAGGGAGAUGCAGAAGGAGCAGCAAGAGAAAGUCAGGCUGGGUCUUGCGGCCCCCCUGGAGCCCAAGGUCAGGAUCUCCAACCUGAUGAAGGUCCUGGGGACAGAUGCCGUCCAGGACCCCACCAAGGUGGAAGCCCACAUCCGAGCACAGAUGGCCAAGAGGCUGAAGGCGCACGAAGAGGCCAACGCGGCCCGCAAGCUCACGAAAGAAGAGAGGAAAGCCAAAAAGGCACGGAAGCUGAAGGAAGACCUCUCGCAUGGGGUGCACCUGUCUGUGUACAGGGUCCGAAACCUGAGUGAUCCCGCCAAGAAAUUCAAAGUGGAGGCCAACGCCGGGCAGCUCUUCCUGACCGGGGUGGUAGUGCUGCACCAAGAUGUCAAUGUGGUACUGGUGGAAGGCGGUCCCAAGGCGCAGAAGAAAUUCCGUCACCUGAUGCUGCACCGGAUAAAGUGGCGCGAGCAGGAGCCCGGUGGGAGGGCACAUAGGAUCGAGGAGGAGGCUAGGAAGGGAGACGAGUGUGUGCUGCUGUGGGAAGGCACGGUGAAGGAGCGGAGGUUUGGAGCUGUGCACUUCAAACAGUGCCCCACGGACAACGGGGCCCGCGAGUAUUUUAAGAAGCACGGAGCUGAGCAUUACUGGGACCUGGCACUGAACGAGUCCCUGCUGCCAUCCACAGACUGAACCUGCUGGUGCCACCUCGGCCCCUUCCGUGAAUCCUUGCACCGGUGUCUUCCGGACGUUAUAGACUUCCUGAGUAUUGGCUGGGAGAGAAGUUUCCACUUAUAAAAAAAAAAAAAUCACUUGGGAAAA